AUGGGCUGCUCUUUGUCCAAAAGUCCUGGAACAGAGUCACAGAACGCGAAGACUCCGCCCAAGGUUCCCGCGCCUGGUGACAGACCGUCCUUCCCCCAACCAUACCAAGACCCUAGAUCGAUUGAAGAUGACAAUACAUUCCCUCUCGAUGAGCGGGACAUCACCUCGGUUUCGGACGAGGAACUUUUAUCAGCUUUCUUGACAGCGCCACGCCUUCAUGACUAUGGUGAGGUCAUUAUACCGCGCAUAUCGAAACAUCUCGUCAUCAAAGGUGGUCCAGGCGUGGCACAGAGCGAAGCAGAAAACAUGAAAUUUGCUCUGGAAACCCUCAGCCUACCAAUACCCAAGGUUCAUCAUGCUUUCACCGCUGAGAUCCCAGAAGAUCCAGAUCUGCCCGAAACGCCCUUGGUAGAAGCCCAUUUCAUUGUCAUGGACUAUAUAAAAGGAUUCACGAUUGAUAAAAGCUGGCAGUCCCUGGAUAUGACUGCCAAAGAAACUGUCGCCCAGCAGAUUGCAGAUGCGAUUGAGAAGAUGCAAUCUACGAUACUCAAUCACAUGCCGGUAGGGCCUAUUGGGAGAUCCCAGGAUGUCAAAUUCCAAGGCCCAUGGUUCACAGACUAUGGCGCGGGGCCUUUCGACACGCUCAAAGAACUUGAGGACUGGUGUAAUCACAAAAUCGAUGUCGGAAUCAUGGUCAAGCAACUAAAACCCGAAACGCGAAGAUUUGAGUUCAAAGAUGUCGUUCUUACCCACCAAGAUCUGGCGUUGAGAAAUUUGGUCCUCGAUGAGGACAUGAAGAUUUGGGUCAUCGACUGGGGCUGCGCUGGUGUAUACCCGAAAGGUUUUGAACAAGCAGCGCUGCAGGUUCAGGCGGAAAAUAAUGAGUAUGCGGAUAUGGUGCUGAAGAGGCUCUCUGAUCGACAAGAUAUUGUGAUCGAUCAAUUUGCUAAAAUCGCAUAUGGGCUCUCGACUGGGCGUGCUCUAUAA